GGAGCACAAGCCAUGCUUUAUCCUGUGACCCGCUCGUUUCUGUCUCAGGCACAGGAAAACCCUAAACUCUCUCAGCCUUGCCCCAGCGUCUGCACACACUCUCUCACACACCUCAGCGUGCUCAGAGAUGAGAAUGGCUGUACGAAGAAUGAAUGAGCUCUGGAAAACGAUGGGUCUGGCUUUAAUGUUCGGCUUUCUUUUGCUUCACAGUUGUCAGGGAGAGACUACAAGCCUGACAGCACCCCCGACAUCAUCCCCAACAGCAACCCCGAAAGCAUCCCCAACAGCAUCCACAACAGCAUCCCCAACAGCAUCCACGACAGCAUCCCCGACAGAAUCCCCAACAGCAACCCCGACAGCAACCCUGACAGCAUCCCAGACAACAUCCCCGACAACUGCAGAUCCAACACGUUCAGCAACAUACUCAACUUCUGGGCCUGCUCUUGAAAAAACAACUGUCUCCAGCCAACCAGCAACUCGAUUAAAUCCCACUACCAGCCAGUCUACAUCUGUAACAGAACAAUCAACAACCAUAGACCCAAUGACCAAUCAUGUAAAGGAGACAGGAAAAUUAAUGACGGGGAACAAUUCAGUCCCAAAUCAAAGUUCCAAAAUUACAAAUAAAGACUCUGGAUCUUCUCCUGCUGUUUUUGUGUCUGUGUUGGUGAUCGGCUUACUGCUUGCUGCUAUAACAGUCGGCAUAUACUACUUUAAGUGCCAUCGGCGAAACAACGCCAGAGGCAUGAAACUGGCUGAGGAGUCAUACAUGGCUGACGAGGAGAAUCAGGGCAACACUCUGGUGUCUGUGGACCCUCUAAACCAACCUGAGCCCCAGGAGAAGCCCAGUCUUAACGGAGAGUCUCAAGAGGCAGUUAAGGCCCAAAAUCCUCCUGCUGCCACCAACGGCCACUCUACCACCAAAACAGCAGACACUGAGCUGUGAACAAGCCAAACUGCCACCAAGGGUCUGGGCGGAACGCUUAGUCCCUGCUUCUUAAACCCAGCUCACACUACUGCAUUGACCUUGGCCAUUAAGGCACAGGGGAGACAAAGACUCAUAUUCCCACUGCAAAAUGUUCAAUUUAAGUUCAUACAGAACAACUUUUGAGGCAAACUGGUUAAGUAAUCCUCCUCCCGAUAUAUUAAAAUAAAUGUACACAUUUCAAUACUAUAUGAAAGAUUGUUGUAUGUUAAGAAAACAGUUUUAAGUACCAGUUAUGACAGUGAUGAUUUAUAUAAAGAACAUUAUAUAAAUUCACUCAAAAUAUGAUGCAAAAAAAAAAAAAAAAAAAAAACAUUUUAGUACAAGAGGUUCACCCUUUCAGUAUAAUACAGUACUGCUGUGUGGCGGGGGACCUUUCCCAUGAGUUGCUGGCUUAUAUAAGAACAGCCAGGGCUGGAACGGAAUGCCGGGAGGAUUCUUGCUUCUGUCCCAGCACUCCACAGCUUCCAGCUGAGAGAAAAUCACAUGACACUAUAAAGAAACAUUCAGAAUCCAACGGAUGUGAGUUGUGUUUUUGUUUGCGACGGGUUGUUUGUGUGUUUCUAGACUGUAUGAAAUGUUUUAUAUGUUCGUCUUAGUGUAGAGUAUGAUUUGACCAGUUAACAGUCUUGUAUAAUUUUGUUAAUAUCACUGCAUGACAAAGUAAUGAUUCUUGGAGUUGCUGAGCAUGAGAAAUCAGUUCAAGCCUCAAUCCAUUAACUCCAUUUCAUUGCUGCAAACAACCUUUAACAUACAGUAAAAUCCAACCAAUUAGAUAUUCUGCAAAGCCCGUUAGUGCUCAGGGUGACAGUUAAUUGCUAUCUGACAUUUCUGGAUUGUGUUACAGCUUAAACGUACUUUGUGAACCAGUAUUACUUUUUGUAAUAUUUUUAUUCUAGACAUUUAGAUGUAGUGUUUAUGGAUUGAAUGACUGAUUUAAUCGUUUCAAUGACCUGCCUUAAUUACUAGAAGUUUCUUGGGUGGGUGCAUUUAAUUUUGUAUCUGCAUUUGCUACUACACUGUACAAAAGUUAUUAGGCAAAAAAUGAUGUAAUUGGGUGCAGCCAUGAAACCCUGGACCAUCGUUUUUAGUUUUAGCCGAUUCGCAAAAAAACAUUUCUACACUACUUUCAAGCCUAUAUCUUUUUAAAAUUGUUACACUUCUUCACAAAAUUUCUGACACAAGACUGACUAAACUUAUUGGUGCUAGAGUGACUGUAUCUCUUAAAAUAAACCAAUAGAAAAUUAUUUUUUAAAUGUACAUAUGAAAACCAUGUCCUUUAUUUCAACUAUGACCUUUUGUUUUAACAUUCCGGUUGUUCCGUCAUAUUUUGGAUCGGUGUACAAGCAUUGUGUUAAACUGAUGUAUGUUUGUGAUAGGAAUAAAGUUUUGAAAAAUAAA